GCGCCAAGUGACGGAAUUGAACCUAACCUCCAAUUCGCUCUGCAGGUGAGAUUGUCAUCAACACCAAUCGAUCGCUAUCGGUUAUUCUUCAGCAGCGCGUACUCCGAUCCUCCUCUGCCAUGAGUCUACCUCGAGUAUUGAUUGUUAGUACGAAGGAGGGCAAGGCUAAGGAAAUCGCGGAAAGCAUAAGGGCGGAGUAUCUGUCCGAGGAGGACAAGAUUGCAGACUACCUGUGGAACAUCGACAACAAGUAUUAUACGUCGCAGGUCUUGGUACGCGCCGCAGAAAGCUUGGCCCACAAACUCACGGAGGACGAAGUCGAGGCGUUGAUCGUGCACCACGAUCCGCAGGCACAGGACGAAGAGCUAGAUCGGGAGUUAGAGCGAUUGGCGUCCCUGGCCACUUCAUUGACAGCAGCGGAGGUGCUGUUGUUCACCUGCGGCGCGAUAACCGACUCGCUUGUGCGAGACAAAGUGUUGAAUUGGUGUUUGCACAACAAGUUUGAACUGGUCGAGCUGGAGCAGACGGGAGAUACGGAAUGCGACGCGGAGGGUAACAAAUACGGCAUCGAGAGGGUCAUUGAAGCUCUGCACGCUCACAUGUGGCCCAACAUCGUGCUUAAAGACAAGUCGUGUACGGGGCAAAUGCUGAAAGUGAACGAAAUUGAGGAACAGUUUGAAAACAUCCGGUUGACACGUGACCCUUCGGAAACUCUGCGUAUGCAGGAUAUGCUCGACGGUAUCAUGGGCGAAGAAAACGCGGACUUCGGAGAACUGUACGGCCAGUUGAUUGCCAUGAAGGAACACGCGGCGUCCUUGCCGACAAACGAGAGGCGUCUGGUGGCGGAGCAAGUGGUCACCGCUUUUUGGAAGGCCAUGGGUGGCGAUCUUCUAGAGAUCGAGGAUUAAAUUUAAGACUCGAUGUGCCGUGUAGACUAAUCAUUUACUUGGAUUUCUCGAUUCUGAAUAGAUUUGAGGUAGAAGUUCGGGGUAAUAGGACAGCUUACGCAAAGACUGUGGUGCGUACUCGAGGUAAGUGUGUACGAAGGAUGUGUAAGAGAAAGUAGGACGUUUAAAGUUCUGUAGAAGUAAAAUGUGUAUAGUGUUUCAUGUAUAAUACGAAGAUAGAUUAUUUUACGUAGAUUAUUUUUUGUACAUACGACAAAAGGCGCUUGUCUUUUAAACAAAAAUAUAAUUUCAGUCGUUAAUCUUAUUCAGAGAGCUAUGUAUAUACAACACUGUGUAUUUCCCAAUAAAACAAUUUUAUUUAAGAACAAG